AUGUCUGGAAACAGAGGGCCUUCUAAUCGCUCGGAAUCGCCAACUCCCAGUGGCUCUCGUUUGCUGAAGCCACCCCCUCCCAUAGAGACGCCGCGUUCUCCUUCGAGAUCUACCCGCAGCCUCUCGCCUCCAAAGCCUGGCGACAAUUACUUGUCGUAUCCAUCAACAUCUCCUCGUCGUAGACAGAAUGGCCGCUCUUUGUUCAGUGAUCGACACAUCCCCAAUAGAACCGGCAUCGAUUUGCAAGCUGCAUUCAGUUUGUCCAAUCAAGACGUGGUGCCCGACCUCCGUGUGUCUGGCAAUGGAGCAGGCUCCAGUGCUAACCAUGAGGAGAGAAGUGCUAAUGAGAUCGAAUUACGCAAGGUGGAAGAGGCUAACAGGACAUUUUCCAGUGUGCUCAAGGCUGAGCUCUUUGGGGACCACGUUCCUAUGGCCACGGCCGACCUUUCACGGAAUUCGGCACCUCCAAGAGACAAUGCUGUGUCUGAUAAUCUUGCCAAUAUAAGAUCCUCAAAUUCUCGCCCCACCACCAUCACCUCCAACUCGGGCAGGACGACUCCGCCUCGAUCAACGUCAGGUUCAGUGUCUGCAACGCCUCGACUGACUAAUUUGUUCACAUACCAGCUGCCUAGCAAACCUAGACCAAUCUCUAGGGAUUUGCAGCAAGAGCUCUUCUCGUUAUCACCAGUGCGACUGGAAUCGCAAAAAUUCUUGCUUAGUCCCCAAAAGAAGCCCCGCAAAAUUUCUAAGGUCCCUUAUAGGGUUCUUGAUGCCCCAGAGCUUUCUGAUGAUUUCUACUUGAACCUCGUGGAUUGGGGACUGCAGGACGUGCUAGCAGUUGGGUUGGGUGACUCCGUCUACUUAUGGGAUGGACUGACCCAGUCUGUUGAGCGUCUUUGUGUUCUCGAAAAUAAAGACAAGGUCACAUCUCUUAGCUGGAUAGGGUCAGGCACCCAUUUGGCAGUGGGAACACUGAAAGGUUUGGUGGAAAUCUGGGAUGCAACUAAAAUCAAGUGUGUUAGAACUAUGACAGGCCACAAGUUUAGAGUGAGUGCUUUGGCAUGGAACGAGCAUAUUCUCUCAUCUGGUUCUCGUGAUCGAACAAUCUAUAAUCGUGAUGUUCGAGUACAAAGUCAUUACGUCAACAGCUUUGACAGCCACAAGCAAGAAGUGUGUGGUUUGAAGUGGAACGUUGAGGAAAACAAACUUGCCAGUGGAGGCAAUGACAAUAAUUUAUUCAUCUGGGAUGGACUCAAUCCGAAACCUCUUCACCAGUUCACCGAACAUAAUGCCGCAGUCAAGGCUAUUUCCUGGUCUCCUCACCAAAGAGGCAUUUUGGCAUCUGGUGGCGGAACGGCCGAUAAGACAAUCAAAGUGUGGAAUACGCUUACGGGGAACCGAGUCAAUAAUGUGGAGACUGGUUCGCAAGUGUGCAACUUGAUCUGGCUGAAGAAUUCCAAUGAAAUUGUUUCUACUCAUGGCUACUCACGGAACCAGAUCAUUGUGUGGAAGUAUCCUUCCAUGCAACAGAUUGCACAUUUGACGGGGCACACUUAUAGGGUGUUGUACCUCUCGUUGUCACCCGACGGAGAGACUAUUGUGACAGGCGCAGGAGAUGAAACGCUUCGGUUCUGGAAUGUUUUUGAAAAGAAUAGAAAUGAUGAGCCUCCGUCAUCUGUUUUACUUGAUGCAUUUCUGCAGUUGCGUUAA